UGGUCUCUUUUUUAGUGACAAAGACAACGUAUGAUGUAGCCGCGGCAGCUAGGUAAACUUCUUAGCACGGAGACACUGUUGAAGAAGCUAAAAAAUAGAAAUCGAGUGGGCGAUUUAUAGCGAAUAUUGAGUAUACAAGCAAAAUAAAGUAAAAAAUGGAAGAAGGCGCCCCACAAAACAAUCAACUGUCACGCAAGUGUUACCCAUAUCCACUCCUUCACAACGUGCACAAAUAUUUGCCACCACCGUCAGUAACUUGCACUUUAGGAUACAGUUGCGAAACUUUGUAUACAGAAGGAGAUUUUGUAUAUUUUCACUACGGUUGCGACGGUUUCAAUGACAAUGGCUGGGGUUGUGCCUAUCGCACGCUGCAGUCCAUCUGUUCCUGGAUCGUAGGCAAACGCAGCGCCAACGAGUCUAAUACAGCGGUGCCAUCGAUUAAAGAGAUACAACAAACUCUGGUGCAGAUUGGUGAUAAAUCCAGUGAGUUUGUGGGCUCACGCGAUUGGAUUGGCGCAAUCGAAGUAUUCUAUGUUUUGGAUAUGCUGUACGAUGUUGUAUGCAAAAUCAUUCAUAUUGCACACCAUGACGAUUUGAAGAAGUACGCCAAUGUACUGAAGAAAUAUUUUGAAGAAUUUGGAGGACUUGUUAUGAUGGGUGGCGACAUGGACGCUGCAUCUAAAGGACUUGCAGGCAUUCAUAUUAGCGGAAAUCAAGUUUAUCUUCUGGUCAUUGAUCCCCACUUUGUCGGCAUUCCUGAAUCUGUGCAAGAGCUAGUUGAUCGCGGCUACAUACGUUGGCAACACACUUCGGAGUUUGUUGAUAGUUCCUUCUAUAAUAUUUGUUUACCCCAACUUAAAUGAAAAGAUGUCAAAGAACGAAAACACCUGGACAAUAAAUACAUACACAUGUACUAUGUAUUUGUAUUAUUGAUCUAUUAAGUGUUGAAAUUCAUUAGCGAAUUUUUGACUGUUAGAACACAUUUGCUGAAUAAAAUUGAAUUGCUUUCACUACAAAUACAAA